CUGUCUGACAAACCCAGAGAAGAAGAAGAAGCAACAUGGCGGCGCUCUGUAAGGUGACAGCCGGGCUCCGGUUCUCCUCCCGGUUCUCCUCCCGGUUCUUCAGGAGCUCCUUCAGCUCGGACUCCUCUGGGUCCUCUGGUUCCGACCAGCCCGCCCCGGAUAAACCCAAGUCCGGCUUCGCUGCUGCCUUCGACCUGCAGUCAGAGCUCCGGCGGGAGGCGGGCAGCACCGGCAGCUCCUCGGCCCGGUCCGGAGGCUCCUCCACCGGGCAGGACGACAGCUUCGCCUCGCUGCUGCGCCGGUCCCCGCUGAUCCAGAUGGGACCGGCUAAAGACAAGGUGGUGGUGGGCAGGAUCGAGCACGUGGUCGGGGAAGACCUGUACGUGGACUUUGGGGGGAAGUUCCACUGUGUGUGCCGGAGGCCCGCGGACCGGAACCGGGACCGGCUGCAGCGGGGCAGCAAGGUCCGGCUCCGGCUGCACGACCUGGAGCUCACGGCCCGGUUCCUGGGAGCCGCUACCGACACCACGCUGCUGGAGGCCCGGGCUGACCUGCUGGGCCCGCUGGACAACCGGGACAACACGAACCGGGACCACCGGGACUGAACCGGAACCGGGACUUGAUUGAAUGAUUGUGGACUCUAAUGUGUCAGCUGGCUGUUAAAAUGUGUUUUAAUAAAUAUGUAAAAACUG